AGAAGCAAUGGCAAGAGCAUUCCAGGCCUUGGUUGCAGUGGUAUUUAUAUCAGCAGUUUCAUUCCAAUCAUGCUUUGUCAAUGCAAAUUUUUACACAGACACUUAUUUCAACUGGGGUGCUGAGCAUUCGUAUAUCUUUGGUGCCAAUGGUGAAGAUGUUAAUCUGGUGCUGGAUAAUGUUGCAGGGUCUGGGGUUCAAUCAUACAACUCCUACCUAUUUGGAAGCAUUGAAAUGUUAAUCAAGUUAGUUCCAGGGAACUCUGCGGGAACCGUGACAGCAUAUUAUCUUUCAUCUACGGGUGACUAUCAUGAUGAGAUCGACUUUGAGUUCUUAGGGAACUCAUCAGGAGAACCUUACACCAUGCACACAAACAUCUUUACUCAAGGAAAAGGAAAUAGGGAGCAGCAAUUCAAAUUAUGGUUUGACCCGACUACGGAUUUCCACAACUACACCAUUCACUGGAAUCCUGAUGUCGUUGUAUGGUACGUUGAUAGCAUACCGAUUAGGGUUUACAGAAACUACAAAAGCGAAGGAAUUGGAUUCCCAGACCAACAAGGAAUGCAGGUGUACUCUAGUUUGUGGAAUGCUGAUAACUGGGCAACACAAGGCGGUCUAGUGAAAAUAGACUGGUCAUGUGCACCUUUCACGGCUGGCUUACGCAAGUUUAAUGCAAGGGCUUGUAAGUGGAACGGACCGGUUAGCAUUUACCAGUGUGCCUACCCUGAUUAUGAUAAUUGGUGGACCUCCCCGGUCUAUAAGCAACUGAGCUGGGACCAACAGGGAAAACUCAAGUGGGUUAGAGAUAACUACAUGAUCUACGACUACUGCACAGAUCAUGAGCGUUUCAAUUGGCAGAUGGCUCCUGAAUGCUCCAAGCCACAAUACUAAACAAAACUUGAUAUACUUUUAUUAAUUUUUUUGUCCAAUUUAUUUUCCUGUCUAAACUUGAAACUCCAUAUGCCUAUCUUUAUUUGUUUUUGUUUGUCUUAUUUAUAAGCUCACCUUAUGUUGACAUUUUUCAAAUUCUGAAAUUAAAGUAAUUGUGGUCUAAAAACAUUAUUCA